AUGGCGCUGCUGCUGCUGCUGCUGCUGCGGCUGCGGCUGCUGCUGGCCGUGGUGCUCCAGACGCUCGGUGAUGCCAUGUCUCGGCAAAUGGCUGACGGCCUGACAACACCUCGACGACCCCGUCUAUCCGUCUAUCCAUCCCUCUCUCCACCGUGCCCGCCCACCACACCCGCCACUUCUCUGCUGCGACCAUGGCUGUCUGUGGGCACCACGUACGGCGAGGAAGGCACGGCAUCAUGCAUCGCUGUUCGCGCAGCAGUGCACCGCCAUGGAACUUCCCGAGACCCUGUGCAACACCAGGCAACGGCAAUGCAGAUGGUCACGGAUAAGGCAAUGGUGAUGGCAAUGGCAAUGGCAAUGGCAUUGGAGAUGCCAGUCGCUCAUAGCCAGUGUACAACAUGUCUCGAACCAGUUCUGUCCGGUUCACCACCAUGCUGA